AUGUCGUUCAGGACAUUUAAUGCCUUGUGGGGCGAAGCUCAGGAUGAACUGACUGUUAUAUUGGAGAAAGAUCAAGAACUUCAAGGAACAUUUCAUCACGAUCAACGCGGGGAGGUGACGACGCGAGUGCGGCGGGUGUAUGUACAGUACCUAGGAGCUGCUAGGAAGCUUAGCACCUGCUAUGACCUCCUCCUGCACCCUCAGAAGCGCUUCCUGCUGCGUCGACUCCUCGACGCAACCAUCGGGAGGGUCGUCGAGCUGAAGCACGAACUGGUGUCGCUGGAGCUGAGUGAUGUACACCACUGUGAUGACAUUAUGAUGGAGCUCAGUUUGACACCACAAGACCUGGUCGUCCCCAUCCCCGCCUACGUCAGGAGAGAGAGGCUGCCCAUCAUCACAGAGAGAAACGUGUUAAUAGACGAGUGUCUACGACGUGCGGGACUGGAGGCAGUGUCUGAGGACGAGGUGUCGCCCCUCACCGUGUCAGAGGCCAUCCUGCUGCUGCAGAAGCAUGAGAGAGCUAAGCAAGGCAGGGCCAAGUCUGACCACCGUCGUGACCUCAUAGCUAAACAGGAACGUGAGCGAGGUAGAGGACGUCAGCAAGUGUCACUGGAGGUAGCAGUGGUGAGGCUGCAGGCGUGCACACGAGGCAUGCUAGCCAGGCGCAGAGUGCGUCAAAUGCGCUUCCAGGAGGAACUCUUCUUAGGUCUGCGUCCAGACCCAACACUGGAUCGAAGCUACAAGAAGUUACUGAACGUCUACGAAGGCCGGUACCUCGCCCAGGAGGAGAGGACCACUGAGCUGGACAACCUUCAGAAACAUAUACAGACCAAGAUUGUCUAUGAAGAGGGAACCCACCUUUUCCCGGGGGAAAACCCAGAAAUGCGUACCCCGGGUUGGAAAUAA